AGAGGAUUGUUUCUUGGUGUAGUUUCUCGGAAGCCUAACAAUGUUUAAUCAACACAGUGAACAAAUAGGUCACCAAAACCUCCAUAAAAAGUCACGCAAGUGUUGGAUCGAAGAGACGUUCUACAAGAGAGAGUGUGUGAAGUUCAUCCCAGCAUGUCGAGAUCUCCACAGAUGCUAUCCCGUGUGUCAAGUGUGCCAGAACUUAAUAAGAUGCUGCUGCGGUCGUCUGCUGGGGGAACACACCGGGCUGGACGUGGGCCCCCCCCUCUCCCUCUCUGCCGGAGCGGGUGAGGAGGAGAGCUGGUCGGUACAGCAGCACACGAGGAUCAGCACCACCGAUGCCUACGGAACCAUCGAGUUCCAGGACAGCGCCGAACGAGCCUGCCGGGCCAAGUACGUCCGCGUCGCCGUGGACACCAAGGCGGAGGCCCUGCUUCAGCUGAUGCUCAGGGAGUGGCAGAUGGUCAGACCCAAGCUCCUCCUCUCCGUCCACGGAGGGGCCGACAACUUCUCCCUGCCCACUAAAGUCAAGCAGGCCUUCAGCAGGGGCCUGGUCAAGGCCGCCCAGAGCACUGGAGCAUGGAUACUCACAGAUGGCAUCAACACAGGUGUGUCCCGGUACGUGGGAGAGGCUCUGAAGGCCCACGGCAGCCUGGACCUCCGCAGAAGGAACACCCUGGGGGUCACCCCCUGGGGCGUGGUGGAGGACCACUGGGAGCUCAUCGGCACAGACCUUCUCAAGCCCUACCAGCCGCUUCUGGAAAACCCCCUGAGCAAGCGGGCGUUCCUGAACGGCCUGCACUCCCACUUCCUGUUGGUGGACGAUGGAACUCUGGGUAAAAAUGGCUGCCAGCGGGAGUUCAGGCGGAGGCUGGAGAAACACAUUCAGAUGCAGAAGAUCCACCCCAGGCUGAAGCAGGGGGUGCCCGCGGUGUGCGUGGUGCUGGAGGGCGGCCCUGGCCUCGUCACCACGGUGCUCGACUACGUGAGCAGCGUGCCUCCCGUGCCGGUCCUGGUCUUCGAGGGGUCGGGCCGGGCGGCCGACCUGCUGGCCUUCCUCCACAAGCAGACGGCCCUGGACAGACAGCUGGACGCCGACAUCCAGGAAGACCUCCUGGUGAGGAUCGAGGGCGUGUUUGGUCUGGAGAGCGACGAGGCGGCCCAACUCUGCAGCAGGCUCAUGGAGUGCAUGGAGCACAGACAGUCUAUCACUAUCUUUGAUUCGGAGUCGGAGGAGCAGCAGGAGCCGGACAUAGCCAUACUGACCACCACUCUGAAAGGAACCAAGGCCAGUCCAGCGUCACAGCUGAGCAUGACCCUGGCAUGGGACCGGGCGGACAUUGCCAACACACACGUCCUGGUGUAUGGACAGCACUGGCAGGUGGGCUCUCUGGAGCAGGCCAUGCUGAACGCUCUGCUCAUGGACCGCGUGGCCUUCGUCAAGCUGCUCAUCGACCACGGCAUGACCAUGAACCGCUUCCUGUCUGUGGAGAGGCUGGAGCAGCUCUACAACACUCCAAAGGGAGUGACAGACAACUUCCUCCAUCACCUCGUGGAAGAUGCUAAACAGACUCAUCUCCCGGCAGGAUACAAGCUCUCCAUCAUCGACGUCGGCAUGGUGAUCGAGUACCUGAUGGGCGGGGCCUAUCGUAGCUCCUACACACGCAAGCAGUUCCGGGCGGCGUACGACCGCCUUCACGUCCGCACCAAGGAACCGGAUCGGGAUGGGACGGGACCCCCGACCAAGGGGAGGAGGCCGGGCGCCCCCCCCCCCUCAGCCAGGCCCCGGCGACACCGACCCGCGGCAGCCUCCCACUUCUACCGCACGGCAAAGCCGUACGAGCGCAAGGAGAAGGGCAUGGUUUCAGGGGAGCCGAAGGAGACCCCCCCCCAGCGGCGGGACGGCGCCCGUCUGUUUGUUUACAACUUCAACGACCUGUUUGUGUGGGCCGUGCUGCAGCGGCGCCAGCAGAUGGCUCUGUUCCUGUGGCGGCACGGCGAGGAGGCCCUGGCCCGCGCCACCGUGGCCUGCAAGCUGUACCGCUCCAUGGCCCUGGAGGCUCGGCAGAGCCACAUGGCCGACAGCAUCGCCGACGAGUUCAAGACCUAUUCCCUGGAGUUCGGACAGCUGGCCGUGGACCUGCUCGACUGCGCCUUCCGGCAGAACGCCCACAUGGCCAUGAAGCUGCUCACCUCCGACAUGGAGUGCUGGAGCCACUUCACCUGUCUCCAGGUGGCCGUGUCCGGCCGCCUGCGGGCCCUCGUGUCCCACUCCUGCACCCAGGCGCUCCUCACCGACCUGUGGACCGGCCGGCUCAACAUGAGGAAGAACGCCUACUUCAAGAUCAUCCUCGGUCUCCUCCUGCCCCCUGCCAUCCUCCUGCUCGAGUUCAAGAGCCCCGCCCAGAUGUCCCACGUGCCCCAAUCACAGGACGCGAUGCAGUUUGGGUGGGACUCUGCUAAGCCAAUGACAGCCAAGGAGACAGGAGAAAAGGGUGUGGCCGAUGCAGAAAAGGGGAGGACUUCCGACCCAGUGCCCGGAUCCUUCCGGGCCUCGUCCUAUUGGCUGCGCUGGACCAGGAAGUUCUACGAGUUUUACACGGCUCCAGUCGUCAAAUUCUGGUUCCACACGAUGUCCUACCUGGUGUUCCUCAUGCUGUUUGCCUACAUGGUGCUGGUGAAGCUGGAGGAGCAGCCCAGCUGGCCAGAGUGGCUGGUGAUCGCCUACAUCCUGUCCACCGCCCUGGAGAAGACCCGCGAGGUGAUGAUGUCAGAGCCCAGGCAGCCGAUCAAGAAGCUGCGGGUGUGGUUCGGCGAGUUCUGGAACGUGCUGGACCUGCUGGCUAUCCUGCUCUUCCUGACGGGCCUGGUCCUGCGCUGUCACGAGGGCAAGCUCCGCACGGCGGGCCGCAUCAGCUACUGCCUGGACAUCAUCUUCUGGUCCGUCCGAGUGCUGGACCUCCUGGCCCUCAACCAGUACGCCGGACCCUACCUCACCAUGAUCACCAAGAUGACCAGAGACAUGUUCUACAUCGUGGUGAUGAUGGCCAUCGUGUUGCUGAGUUUCGGGGUGUCCAGGAAAGCCAUCUUAUCCCCGGACGAGGAGCCUUCCUGGCGCCUGGCCCAGGACGUGGUGGACCAGCCCUACUGGAUGAUGUUCGGGGAGGUUUAUGCCGGGGAGAUAGAUGCAUGUGAAGGGGGCCAGCCCUGCCCCCCUGGUUCCUUCAUCACUCCCUUCCUCCAGGCUGUUUAUCUUUUUGUCCAGUACAUCAUCAUGGUCAACCUCCUCAUCGCGGUCUUUAACAACGUCUACUUCAACAUGAAGUCCAUCUCCAACAAGGUGUGGAAGUACAACCGCUACCGCUACCUCAAAACCUAUCAGGAGAGGCCUUGGCUGCCCCCGCCCUUCAUCAUCCUCAGUCACAUGACCCAGUGUGUGAGCGCCAUAUACCGCAAACACCGGGGCACCCCUGGACAGGAGGGAGACUCCGGACUCAAGUUGUACUUGGGGCGAGAGGACCUGAAGAAGCUUCAUGAGUUUGAGGAGAGGUGCGUGGAGAUCCACACCCACGAGAAGAACCACGCCCUCCUCGGCAGCCAGGCCAACCGGAUCCGAGCCACAUCCGAACGGAUGUGCAGAGCCACCCCCAGAGCGAGGUGAGGCCCCUGGGCUACCGCUUCUCUCCCCCGGGCUCCCUCUCCCACCUGGCCGUGGGCUGGAGGGACCAGACCCCCCGUGGCUCAAGUGAGCCCUCGCCCUCCGGGUCUCUGCACUCCCUCUGGCUUGGAGAGGGCGGUCUGGAGCCCCUCAACCAACCCUGCACCUGCGACGCCCCUGU